AUGGCGAUGAGCGUUGCUCUCCAGCGUAAAAGCGUGGCCCGGGACCUGUACUGCCGUCCACCUCGAGACCUUCAUGGUGUUGGCGCUUUUGGCUUGUGGCGCAUCCUCAAGAGCGCGUACGGCUUGGCGGAGGUCCCCUUUGCGCCAGCUACCUUUGUGAAGGUCAAGAAGCGCGGCGGCAAGCAGACUACAGUGGCCAUCCUCUGCCUCCACGUAGACGACGGCUUCUUGGCGGUGGAGGACGGCGAGGAGGCCAAGGAGACCCAGAAGGCCAUCGACGAGCGCUUCUCCAUCAAGGAGUGGAUCGUGAUUGGAGAGAAGCCGGUGGCCUACCUGGGCAUGAAGAUCUCCCUGCAGGGCGACACCUUCCUGAACGACAUGACCGACUACGUCUUCGAGCUCAAGGAGGCUGUCCUUCGUGACCGUGGUUCCCAGAACCUCGAUGCAGCAGGCCUCAAGGAGUUUCGCCGGUUGAUCGCUCAACUUCGUUGGCCGGUGCACCUUGUGGUCCCCGAGCUCCUCUGCCAGGUGAGUCUGCUCGCUCAACGAGUUGGGCAGGCAACGUGGAGCGACCUGGCUGAGGCGAACAAGCUUCUGAAGGCUUUGAAGUCUACUGCUACUGAGGGCAAGGCCAAGCUCAGAGUCCGUCGUUUGGCAGGCAACCCCGAGCUUGUUACUUACUUCGACGCGGCCCUCGGCAGCAGCAACAGCCUCGCAGCACAACGUGGAGAAGCACACUUCUUGGUGGACCCCAGCGUCCUGACUUCCCAAGGAAAAGGAAACUUGCUGGAGUUCCACAGCAACAAGAUCAGCAGGGUCGUUCGGAGCAGUAUGGCUGCUGAAUGCUGCUCUAUGUCGUCAAGCGCCGACCGCCUCGUCUACAACAUGAAGCUUUGGGACGCCCUCUACGACGGCGCCGUGACAACCUCUUCGACGUGGCAGCAGGAGAUUCGAGCCCGAGGACACCUCGUCACUGAUGCGCGCAGCCUCUACGACCACGUCCAUGGCUCGAACCAGUUGGCAGCAGAACGUCAGACCUCGCUGGACAUACUGGGAAUACGCCAGAUGGUUCAGGAGGGCUUGGUGUCUCUCCAUUGGGUUCCAACGUGGCGACAGUACGGUGACUGUUUGACUAAACCCAUGGAGGACCUCCUCUACGUUCGCUUCAAGAACGACGGCUGCCUCAACGUGAAGCAAAGCCCUGCUGAUGCUAAAGAGGAAGAGAGAAGGUUUUUCCUUAGGAAGGCGCAACGAGAGCGCCGAAAGCUUCGCAUGCAUACCACGCGUGACAAGUCAACAUUUUUCUGUUUCGAUGUGAAGAACACUGCAUGUGGGCAUGUGCUUUGA